AUGUCUCAAUAUAACCUCCCAAAAAGCAACACAAUUCCAUACGUCAACAACCAAAACGUCCUUCCUCGACCAAUCAACCCUAACUCGGCAAAAGCAAAGCGCCUGAGACAAGUCGAAAGAGAUCGCAGAGAUAUCUACAGCAUAGUUCCUCAAUGUAGCCCGCCUCGAGAGUUUCUUUCUAAGGAUGCAUUCAGAAUAUUCCCUAAAGGAUGGUGGAAAUGUACAUAUGCCGGAUGUCCCGUUGGGGCCCAUGAUCUCGGCGAAAGAUUAUGUCCAAUCUUCGCCAGCGAGGGCAAAUAUUUGCCGGAUGGGCGGAAAGAGGCAGAACGAGAUCCAAUAGAACUCCAGGAUGGUUGGUGGUGUUGUCCCAAUGGCAAAUGCAAAAUGAGAUCCAGGCGUCCGUUGUAUGAAAAGAGACGCAUAUGCGAAUGUGAGGACAACUAUGGAAGGGAUGCAUUGAUUAAGAAACGUGAGGCACUGCGUCCUACAUCCUCGUCAGCGGAUAAUGUCGCGAAAUGGAUUGCACAGUUGCCUGCACUGCCAACGGAGGAGGAAAUUGACGUCAUGGAGGGAGGGCUAGAACCGGGUUUGGAGUAUGCGUAUGAGGUUCAAGAAUCGACGAGUUCCAGACCAGAGAAAUUACUCACAUUGAGGCUUCCUAGGACACUUGGCGGAUGGGAAUUGUUGCUAAGAGAUAAGCCUUCUGGCUCUAAGUAA